GGGAAUCGUGAAGGUAGCGAAAAUUUUGGAUGACAAAAAUUUUAGUUAAAAACAGACAAAACAGAUUACGAGUAAAAACGCAACAUUAAGAAGGAAAGGAAAAAUUUUCAGGAUCAGCUAAAAUGGUGAAAGGUUUCGGUUGUGGAAGUUCCUCUAUGCACGAUUUUGAGGGUUAAAAAUGCUGAUUUAAGUGUUUAAUAAUUUGAGGUUUAGUAUUGAAGAAUCUGCAGUCCAAUCCGUCAACUCCUCUGUCAACCUCUGAUUUAAUCGUUCUCUGUUUCGAGGUCGUCCUCCUCGCUUCCUCCAUUAGAGAGAGGUAGCUUUUGCGGAUCCGAACAUUACAAGCUACUUGUUGCUGUUCUUUUCACCGUUUUGACUCAAUGAUUGAACCCUAAAAAAGAGCAAUAUGCUGGUUCUGAUAUAGACAGGAGAAUUGUUGGGUUUCUUUCUGUCGCUUCUGCUUCUUCCUCACUUUAAGAUUUCAAGUGAAACUGUUACCAAGUCUCAGUUUGGAUAGUAUAGAGUACGGCCUGACUUCUUGUUUUCCGGUCCAAAUGGGUAUAUAUGAAUCUUUCAAAGAUAAUGGAAAAAUCAUGCAGGAUUUUUCACUGGAAGGGAGUGAAGGUGUAAAGUUGAGUUUCUUUCAGUGUGAUUCCUGAGGACUUGAAGAGUUCAUGUGAGUCACUGAAAAGGGUCUUUUCACUUUGAAGGUUUUUCUGUCUGUCUGCGAAUUCAACUGGAUAGACACAGUUAGCAAUGUCGGUUGUACAUGUUAUUAAAUCCAACCUGGUGGGGGCAGACCAAUAAUGCAAGAAACCUUUUAUUCUUGUUUGUGUUUCUUUUUGACAUGUUUUAAAGCUAUCUACCUCAAUCAUAUUGCUAUGAUGGAGAGGUAUGAGAACUCGGUAAUCGGUUGAGCAAAAGGAAUUUCCAUAGAGUCUUUGGUCCGCGUGUUAAAUGAGUCGAGAACAGAAACGAGGGAAGCCGGACAAGCCCGGCUCUGAUCUGGCCGAGAAGGUUGUUGUUGCCGUCAAGGCGUCCAAGGAGAUUCCUAAGGCUGCUCUUGUCUGGGCUUUGACUCACGUUGUUCAGCCUGGUGAUUGCAUUACUCUGCUUGUUGUCGUCCCUUUACAUAGUUCAGGUAGAAAACUGUGGGGUUUUCCAAGGUUUGCUGGGGACUGUGCCAGUGGUCACCGAAGGUCUAAUUCAGCUUCAAGUCCAGAGCAGAAAAGUGAUCUUACUGAUACCUGCUCCCAGAUGAUUCUGCAGCUCCAUGACGUUUAUGAUCCAAAUAAGAUCAAUGUCAAGAUUAAAAUUGUUUCUGGAUCACCUGGUGGGGCAGUAUCUGCUGAGGCCAAAAGAGCCCAAGCCAGUUGGGUUGUAUUAGACAAGCAGCUUAAGCACGAGGAAAAACGCUGUAUGGAAGAGCUUCAAUGCAACAUUGUGGUUAUGAAACGUUCUCAGGCUAAAGUUCUACGCUUAAAUUUGGUUGGGUUAUCUAAGAAGGAAGCAGAAACUGAGUGCCCGUUACCUGCAGAGCAAGCUGAAAUUUUUGAGAUGAAUGUGAAAGAUAAAAAUGGAUCUUUACAUUCUGUUAGAGGACCAGUUGUAACUCCAACAAGUAGUCCGGAGCUAGGGACCCCAUUUACUGCUACUGAAGCAGGUACCUCAUCAGUAUCAAGCUCAGAUCCAGGCACUUCACCUUUUUUCAUCUCAGAAGUCAAUGGAGACCUUAAGAAAAAUGAAUCAUUAGUGACUAAGGAAAAUCAUGAUACUGAUGAAUCCAGUUCAGAUACAGACAAUGAAAACUUAUCUAUAUCUUCGGGAAGUUUGAGGUUCCAGCCAUGGAUAUCAAAAUAUCUCAAUGCUCUUCAUCAAUCCUCCCCACAGAGAGAGGAAAGUUCACGGAGAACUAAUGACAAGAUUAGUGUAUCAGCGACAAAAGCUUUGUUAGAGAAGUUCUCAAAACUUGAUAGGGAAACUGGAAUGGGAAUGUCAAACCAUAGGAGUGAUCUGGAGUUCAGCGGAAAUGUUAGAGAAGCAAUUUCUCUAUCCAGAAAUGCACCUCCUGGCCCCCCUCCCUUGUGUUCAAUAUGCCAACACAAGGCACCUGUAUUUGGAAAACCUCCAAGGUGGUUUACCUACGCUGAGUUGGAGCUUGCUACUGGUGGAUUUUCACAAGCUAAUUUCUUGGCAGAAGGUGGGUUUGGUUCUGUUCACAGAGGAGUACUACCAGAUGGGCAAGCAGUUGCUGUUAAGCAACACAAAUUGGCUAGUUCUCAGGGAGAUCUAGAAUUUUGCUCAGAAGUGGAAGUUCUGAGCUGUGCCCAACACAGAAAUGUUGUCAUGUUGAUAGGAUUUGUAUUGAGGACAGAAGAAGAUACUAGUCUAUGAUACAUAUGCAAUGGUCACUGGACUCUCUCUCUAUGGAUUUCUCUUCCUUCUUGGAAUUUAUGGUGCACGAUGCAGAGGNNNUGCUGUGGGUGCCGCUCGAGGUUGAGAUAUCUUCAUGAAGAGUGCCGAGUGGGUUGCAUCGUACACCGUGACAUGCGGCCAAACAACAUUCUUGUCACCCAUGAUUUUGAACCUCUGGUUGGAGAUUUUGGUCUUGCAAGGUGGCAACCUGAUGGAGAUACUGGUGUUGAAACCAGAGUAAUUGGGACAUUUGGGUAUUUGGCUCCAGAGUACGCUCAAAGCGGCCAAAUCACAGAAAAAGCUGAUGUUUAUUCAUUUGGGGUGGUGUUAGUUGAGCUUGUUACAGGAAGAAAAGCAGUGGACCUUUCCCGACCCAAAGGCCAGCAAUGUCUCACUGAAUGGGCACGUCCACUACUGGAGGAGGGUGCUAUAGAAGAAUUGGUUGAUCCAAGGCUUGAGAAUGAGUAUUCAGGGCACGAGGUUUAUUGCAUGCUUCAGGCAGCCUCAUUAUGCAUACGGCGAGAUCCCCACGCCAGGCCUCGCAUGUCACAGGUGCUUCGCAUACUCGAAGGUGACAUGAUAAUGGAUGUGAAUUACCCAUCAACGCCUGGGUACGAUGCGGGCAAUCGGAGUGGGCGGAUUUGGGCAGAUCAGCAACAACAGCAACAACAACAACAUUACAGUGGUCCUCUUUUAAAUGAGGCAAUAGAAGGGUUCAGUGGGAAACUUUCUUUGGAGGCAACAAGGCCAGUUUUCAGAGAAAGGGACAAGAGCAGGGCAUCGCACAAGAGUGGUCCAUGAAAGAACUAACUAAUCAUCCAUUAAGGGCAUGAUAAAAGUACGUAGUGUUCCCCCUUAGGUGAUCCUUUAUUGUUUUGUAAUAAUUUUUUUCUUUCCAAGUCCAUCUAUAUUUUUGCUCAUGUAUAGUAGGUAAAAUUGUGAUUGAUGAUAAUUAGGUCUUCAUACUUCUUUGGAAAGGGAAUGGCAACUCCAGAACUACGAUGAAUAUUUGCAUUUUUUGUUAAUUUGAAUAUCGAGCAAAAGGGGUGGAAGUUAUGAAGUUA